UUUGCAAAAUAAUAUGCUUUGUCCGCCCACCAUGCGUCCCGCCAGUCCUGCUGAAUCGGAAAUAUCGGUUGGUGGUGCCCCCAGCCCUUUGCCUGCGGCCCACAACCGCUCAGCCAUGGAUAUCAUUCAGCAACAACACCAACAAUUGAUCAUGCAUCAACAUGCAGUGGCGGCGGCUGCUGCCGGUCUAACACGGGCAGCCGUCGGUGCAAUGCCUGAGGAAUACUUUCAGCCCCUGAAACGUUUAAGAAUGUCAGCCGAGGACAGUGAUGCCAAAGAAAGAUCUCCCAGUCCUGUACAACAACAACAGCAAUCAAACCAAUCCUCUUCGGCGACCAGUACCAAAUCACAUUUGGAAGGUGUUAAAAGUUUCUCGAUUGCUGAUAUUUUGGGCCAUGAGAAACAACGUGACUCCUCGGUCUCGCCACCACCGCCGCCAUCAUCUGCACCCGCCACAAAUAAACAUUUACACAGCAGCACCUCUUCGAGUGGUCUUCUGCAGCCCCGCACAGAACCUUUGGAUUUAGUACCACAUCCUGCAGCCGCCAUGUUACUGCCAGGUUCUGCCCAUGUUGUACGACCCUGGGAUCAUCUAUUGGGUCCCAUGCCCGGUGUACGCCCCUUUAUUCCAUCCGCCCUGUUGCAUUAUGAACAGCGUUUGGCCCUGGAUUACCACCGUCAAUUACAGGAACAUUUCAAUGCCCAGGCCCAGCUGCUGAGACAUAUGAAUGGCAUGGAUAUCAUACCCUCAGAAAGUGGCAGUGACCGGUCCAGUUCAGCGGCCAGUGAUUGUUGUUCACCCGAAAUUGCAAAUCGUUCAUCAACAGAGGCUCAUCAUCCACGCCAUUCACCACAAGGUAGCUUGGAAAGAUCUCAACAGGCGAGGACCAGUGGUGGCAGCAGUAGUGGUAAUGCGGGUGGGUCUGGUUCGGCUAAUAAUGGCGGCAGUAGUGGCAGUAGUUCGGCAAAUAGCAACAGCAGCAGUAAUAAAGUGAAAAAUGAUACCCCCUUGGAUGCUUUGUUUCAAAUGACAACCAAAGAUUUUGAUGAAUCAGAUGAAAAAUCCCACAUUGAUCUCUUCUCGAAUCGUCCGCAACCCAAAAAGAAACGCAAGUCCCGCACAGCCUUCACCAAUCAUCAAAUCUUUGAAUUGGAGAAACGUUUCCUCUAUCAAAAAUAUCUCUCACCAGCUGAUCGUGAUGAAAUUGCCUCCUCUCUGGGUCUCUCGAAUGCCCAAGUGAUUACCUGGUUCCAAAAUCGUCGUGCCAAGCAAAAGCGUGACAUUGAGGAGCUCAAGAAAGACUUUGAAACUGUCAAGGUGUUUUCGGGUCAAAAAUCAUUCCUGGAAAAUGUCAAUGAUCUCAGCAUUUUGAAAAAGAAACCUCUACAUCCUGAUGCCGUGGUUAUGGAGGGAUUGGCGGCAGCUGCUGCCGCUGGCAUGAUGCCCGGUUUGUCGGCACAUGCAUCGCAUGCCCAAUCUGCCAUGCAAGCCUUGAGUCCCCAGAAAUGA